GAGCGCGGCUCUCUGCAUGUGGCAAGUGAGGAGGCGAGCCAGGGAGCCCGGCGGCACCGGCGAGCACCCGGCGGCGCGGUCCUGAGCCGCCCGCCAUGGAUUGCAGCCUCCUGCGGACCCUCGUGAGCCGAUACUGUGCUGGAGAAGAGAAUUGGGUGGACAGUCGGACUAUUUAUGUUGGGCAUCGUGAACCACCUCCAGGCGCUGAAGCGUACAUUCCACAGAGAUUUCCAGAUAACAGAAUAGUCUCAUCAAAGUACACGUUUUGGAACUUCAUACCAAAAAAUUUGUUUGAGCAGUUCAGAAGAAUAGCUAACUUCUAUUUUCUCAUCAUUUUCCUUGUUCAGUUAAUUAUUGAUACACCAACUAGUCCAGUUACAAGUGGACUUCCACUCUUGUUUGUCAUCACUGUCACAGCUAUCAAACAGGGUUAUGAAGAUUGGCUGCGACAUAAAGCUGACAAUGCAAUAAAUCAUUGCCCUGUUCAUUUCAUUCAACACGGUAAAUUGGUUAGAAAGCAAAGCCGAAAAUUAAGAGUUGGAGAUAUUGUAAUGGUAAAAGAAGAUGAAAAAUUCCCAUGUGAUUUAAUAUUCCUAUCGAGUAGUAGAGGAGAUGGAACAUGUUUUGUUACAACAACUAGUUUGGAUGGUGAAUCCAGUCACAAAACUUACUAUGCUGUUCAAGACACAAAGGCAUUUCACAAUGAACAAGAAAUUGAUGCACUACAUGCUACCAUUGAAUGUGAACAACCUCAGCCUGACCUUUAUAAAUUUGUUGGUCGGAUAAAUGUUUACCAUGAUAGGAAUGAGCCUAUUGCAAGGCCAUUAGGAUCUGAAAAUCUGCUUCUUAGAGGAGCCACUUUAAAGAACACAGAAAAAAUCUUUGGUGUUGCUAUCUACACUGGCAUGGAAACCAAGAUGGCAUUAAAUUACCAGUCAAAAUCACAGAAGAGAUCUGCUGUAGAGAAAUCAAUGAAUGUAUUUCUUGUUGUAUACCUCUGUAUUCUCGUCAGUAAAGCACUAAUAAAUACUGUACUGAAGUAUGCCUGGCAGAGUGAACCAUUUCGUGAUGAGCCAUGGUAUAAUCAGAAAACAGAGCCUGAAAAGAAAAGAAAUUUGUUUCUUCAAGCUUUUACAGACUUUCUUGCAUUCAUGGUUCUUUUCAACUACAUUAUUCCUGUAUCCAUGUAUGUCACUGUGGAAAUGCAGAAAUUUCUUGGUUCUUAUUUCAUUGCAUGGGAUGAGGAAAUGUUUGAUGAGGAUACAGGUGAAGGACCACUGGUGAACACUUCUGACCUCAAUGAAGAGUUGGGACAGAUUGAGUAUGUCUUCACAGAUAAAACAGGAACAUUAACUGAGAACAAUAUGGAGUUUGUAGAAUGUUGCAUUGAAGGGCAUGUUUAUGUACCACAUGUUAUCUGCAAUGGACAAAUCCUCCAUGAUUGUACAGGGAUUGAUAUGAUUGAUUCCUCUCCAGGAGGUAGUGGAAAGGAGAGAGAAGAACUAUUUUUCCGAGCUCUCUGUCUUUGCCACACUGUUCAGGUAAAGGAUGAUGACAGUGUAGAUGGCUUGAAGAAAAACCAGGUAUCGAGAAGAUCUUGUAUAUAUAUCUCAUCAUCACCUGAUGAAGUUGCUUUAGUUGAAGGAAUACAGAGACUUGGUUACACCUAUCUAAGGCUGAAAGACAAUUAUAUGGAGAUCUUAAAUCGGGAAAAUAACAUAGAAAAGUUUGAAUUAUUGGAGGUUUUCAGUUUUGAUUCUGUGAGACGGCGAAUGAGUGUAAUCGUUAAAUCUUCAACAGGUGAUAUAUUUCUAUUUUGUAAGGGAGCAGAUUCCUCCAUAUUUCCUAGGGUUAAAGAAGGUAAAAUUGACCAAGUACGAUCCCGAGUAGAACGCAAUGCAGUGGAGGGACUGCGAACAUUGUGUGUUGCAUAUAAAAAGCUCACAGCAGAAGAAUAUAGCAAUGUACAGAAGCUGCUGCAGAAUGCAAAGUUGGCCCUUCAGGACCGGGAAAAGAAAUUGGCAGAAGUGUAUGAAAAGAUAGAAAGAGAUUUUAUACUACUUGGUGCUACAGCUGUUGAAGAUCGACUACAAGAAAAAGCUGCUGACACUAUUGAAGCACUCCAGAAAGCAGGAAUUAAAGUUUGGGUUCUGACAGGAGACAAAAUGGAGACUGCUGCAGCUACUUGCUACGCUUGCAAACUCUUCCGAAGAAACACACAAAUACUUGAGCUAACCACAAAGAAAAUUGAGGAGCAGAGUUUGCACGAUGUGCUAUUUGACCUAAACAAAACUGUCAUAAGACAAAAUGGCAGCUUAACCAGGGAUACCUUCUCAGGACUUUCAACUGAUACACAAGAUUAUGGUUUAAUUAUUGAUGGAGCAGCAUUAUCAUUAAUAAUGAAACCAAGACAUGAUGGAAGCUCUGGUAACUACAGAGAGAUAUUUCUUAAUAUUUGCAGGAACUGCAGUGCAGUGUUAUGCUGUCGAAUGGCACCUCUGCAAAAAGCACAGAUUGUAAAGUUGAUUAAGUUAUCAAAAGAACAUCCUAUCACAUUAGCAAUUGGUGAUGGAGCAAAUGAUGUCAGUAUGAUUCUAGAAGCACAUGUUGGUAUAGGAAUCAUUGGCAAAGAAGGUCGUCAAGCAGCAAGAAACAGUGACUAUGCAAUACCUAAAUUUAAACAUUUGAAAAAAAUGUUGCUUGUUCAUGGGCAUUUUUAUUACAUUAGGAUAUCUGAACUUGUGCAAUACUUCUUUUAUAAGAAUGUCUGCUUCAUUUUUCCUCAGUUUUUGUAUCAGUUCUUCUGUGGGUUUUCACAACAGACUUUAUAUGAUACUGCGUAUCUAACACUGUACAAUAUCAGCUUCACCUCCCUUCCUAUCCUCUUGUACAGUCUAAUGGAGCAACAUAUCAGUCCAGACACACUCAAGAGAGAGCCUUCCCUGUACAGAGAUGUUGCCAAGAAUGCUUUGCUGCGCUGGCGUGCAUUUAUUUAUUGGACAUUCCUAGGAUUGUUUGAUGCUGUGGUAUUUUUCUUUGGUGCCUAUUUAUUGUUAGACAACACAGUUGUGACCAGCAAUGGACAGCUAAUGACAACCAGCACUCACAUGAUGUUUGGAACUUGGACCUUUGGAACAGUGGUGUUUACUGUGCUUGUAUUCACGGUUACAUUUAAGCUUGCACUAGAUACACACUAUUGGACGUGGAUAAAUCACUUUGUGAUCUGGGGAUCACUGGUAUUCUACAUUGUCUUUUCUCUGCUCUGGGGAGGAAUUAUUUGGCCUUUUCUCAAUUAUCAGAGGAUGUAUUACGUGUUCAUGCAAAUGCUGUCCAGUGGUCCUGCGUGGCUGGGUAUAAUUCUGCUCAUAACUGUUAGCCUUCUUCCAGAUGUUCUGAAGAAGGUCUUAUGCAAGCAGUUGUGGCCUACAGCAACAGAAAGAAUCCAGAAUGCAUCGAGGCACUGUCAGGAGCACAUCUCGGAAUUCACACCUCUUGCCUGUCUGAAAAGUCCAAGAUACAGGAGCAGUAACUGCAGCAAUUCCCCAGCAAGAAGGUCUAAUUCUCAUUCUAAAAAAGUGAUGUUUACGCAGUGGAGAGGCAUUGAUUAUUCAGUACUUCCAUCUGUCUUUGGCUAUUCAAAUAAGCAUGGCCGUUCCAGUGCAGGCUACCAUUACGGUGGGUCAGGUUUGGAAACGUCCAUGUGACAGAGCACCAAGUCAAGCCUUUAAAAACUGUGGUUUUGUUUAUUUAUUUUUUCAGGAUA